UUGCGAAAUGAUGGACCGAAUUGAUCAACGAUUGCUCAACACCUCAUAUAACAUAAUCUCUAAACUUGCAUGAGAGCCUUCCUUUUCCAUUUCCAUUUUCUUUGCUUCUUCACCAACAGCACAGCUCUUUCUCUCUCUUUCCUUCUCUCAAACCCCCCACCAACACUCUCCUCACUCCUCUCAUAAUUCACACACUCUCAACUUGUUUGGUGAAAAUAGCAAAAAUACAAUCCCAUAUCUAUAUUCUAUAUUCUAUAUAUAUAUAUAUAUAUAGAAAGUCAAAAGAAUGAGCACUGAAGCCCAAAGUUCAGAAACAGAGAGCAGCAGCUCCAACUCAUCUUCAUCUUCAUCACCACCUUCACCAUCCUCAGCAGGCUCAGGCUCGACUCACUCACUCUCCAACAUCAAAUCCCAGCAGUCAUCUCAUGAUGAAGAACCCAAUAAGAAGAUCAAGCGCAUUCGAGACUCCAGCAAACACCCUGUUUACAGAGGAGUUCGAAUGCGGAAUUGGGGCAAAUGGGUCUCUGAAAUCCGCGAGCCUCGCAAGAAAUCCCGCAUUUGGCUCGGAACUUUCCCUACCCCUGAAAUGGCUGCCAGAGCCCACGACGUCGCGGCUCUGAGCAUCAAGGGAAACUCGGCGAUUCUCAACUUUCCCCACUUGGUUGACUUGCUGCCUCGUCCGGUUUCACUCUCUCCCCGCGAUAUCCAAGCCGCAGCCACCAAAGCCGCCCAAAUGCACAAAUUCGACUCGCCGCCCUCGCUCUCGUCCUCCACAUUAUCGUCAUCGUCGUCGUCGCUGUCGUCGCUUGUUUCGGCUAUCGACUUGGGGACGGAGUCGGAUGAACUGAGCGAGAUCGUUAAGUUGCCGAGUCUGGGGACGAGUUAUGAAUCGUCCGAGUUGAGCAAUGAGUUUGUGUUUGUGGACUCGGAGGAUGGGUGGGUUUAUCCGCCGCCAUGGAUGCAGAAUGUGGAGAAUUGUUGUAGUUACGUGGGUAAUGAGUUGGGAGUGACAGAGAGCAGUGUGAUUUCAAGCAGCUUUGGGAGUUUGUUUUGGGAUAAUUAGUCACUUGCACCUUUAAAAAGUUUGUAAAUUUGUAGGAUUGAAAAGAGAAAAAUCUCUGUCACAAAAUAAAUCUUCCCCGUUUGCUGUAAAAAUGAGAAAAAAAAAAAAUUGACUGCCUUACAUAUGGCCUAAAAAAUGCCCAUAUGAGUUUCCUUUCCAUUUUCAAAACAUGUAAUUUUCUUGUACUUGAUUUUGUA